GUACUUGCAUUGCAGCAUCUUUGGUGGGACGUUCAAAUUUAAAUGACCGUAGUUUGUUUCUGUAUGUUUGUAAUGUUUUGUUGAUAUCGGUGUCGUAGUAUAGAGAGAAUCGUUUCAGUUUUUUAGAAAAUGAACGAGACGUACAUUGCAAGUAAUUCGACGCAGCAAGCAGCUUUAGAUGCAUACGUACAGAAGCUGAAAGAGCAAAUAGCACUACGUAAUGGAAAACCGAAGGAAUGGUGUCUUGAUGACUUCGAAAUAGGCCGUCCUCUAGGUGAAGGGAAGUUUGGACAUGUGUAUAUGGCAAGAGAGAAGACAACAGGGACUAUAAUUGCGCUGAAAGUAAUGAUGAAAUCGGAAAUUACUGGUGCCAGAGUAGAAAGACAAGUUCUCCGCGAGAUAGAGAUACAGACACAUCUGAGGCAUCCGCAUGUCCUACAACUCUACACGUACUUUUAUGAUGAGAAGAAGAUAUAUUUAAUUUUAGAGUUUGCUGCUAAAGGAGAAUUGUACAAAGUGCUUAAUGCAAGCCCAAAUGGUCGCUUUGCUGAGCCUGUAGCAGCAACAUACAUGUAUCAGGUUGCAAAUGCUUUGCAAUAUUGCCAUGAAAAUAAAGUGAUUCAUCGUGACAUAAAGCCUGAAAAUUUGCUUCUUACUUCUGAUGAUAAAAUAAAAAUGGCUGAUUUUGGUUGGUCUGUACACGCACCAAGCAAUCGGCGGAAGACAAUGUGCGGCACCUUGGACUAUCUUCCUCCAGAGAUGGUAGAAGGGAAGCCUUAUGAUCAUAAUGUAGAUAACUGGUGCAUAGGUGUCCUCUGUUAUGAAUUUCUUGUUGGGAAACCGCCUUUUGAAACAGAUUCUUCGAAAAAAACUUAUAGUCUGAUACGAGAAGUCAAAUAUAAAAUACCAGACUAUGUAUCUGAUUUGGCGAAGGAUCUGAUAAGUAAGGUUGCUGAUGCUGAACGAGAGCUCUACACCGGCACACAGCGCCAGCCUCCGAGCAACACAGCCGCACAACGUCAAAGGUGCAGGGCCUCACGGGACCGUACGGCCUUUGCAGCCGCACGCUGGCACCACCAGGGCACCCCAGGAGAAGCGGAUGGACGAUGCAACCUCGCGUCCGUCGUCCGCACUCGGCGACCCGUUGGAUGUGGACCCGUCGUCGCCGUCGCCGUCAUCGUCCCAGGACACCUCCUCAGGCUUGGACGUGUGCCCAGACAGCAAUUUUCUGGAGGAUGUUCCUGUUGCCUCGCAAGCCAGAUAGCGGGGUCCUCCACAGUCACGGCUCCCAGCUCAUUCCUACGUCCAGCUUCCCGCCACCCCCCUCCCUCACCACUGUCGUUCGCAUCCUCCCUACACGACAACGGUGCGACCUUUGGGAGGAUGGGGGGGGGGGGGGGUAUGUGCUGGCGUAAGCUGUCGGCAGUACACCGGUCGGCAAAGACGAAGCGCGAAGAUCGAUUAACAAUCGCUGGCUGGAUCAGGCGCGCCUAUCACGAGAGAGUACCAGUUUUGCGUCUGUCAGUUUACUCGGAGAGAAGCUUACUUCGUCACAGUUUACGACAGUGCAUAGCGAGCAGAUUGGUGACUAUAGUGGGACUAUUUUACCUCAACAAGAACUGUACUUUACAUCAGUCUGCAAGAGAACUAUUAUUGAUGAGCUUGUACCGCAACACAUGGAUCCUAUUCAAAUUAAGUAAUGUAAUAGUUCAUAUCAAUAAAGAACGGUACUAACCAA